CAGGGAGUUUCUGGAGGGAAGGCAUUUGUUAUUGGCUGUCUCCGGACCUCAAGGAUAACAUUCCUGUCCUUUCCAUUGGCCGCCCCGCUGCUGCAAGCCUCUUCCCGUCUUAUUUUGAUGAUGAAUAUGAAGGCAUGCUAAGCUGUGCCGGAGAGCAGCUCUCGCCGACUACACUCCCACCCCGGGCUCAAGGACUCCAGAGCUCCCCGGCUGCUUCCCCUGCCAGCAGCACAGCAGCAGCAGCAGCAGCAGCAGCAGCAGCAGGAGCAGCAGCAGCAGCAGCAACGCCAAAAGUUGUGAUGCUUUUCUUCACCCAGUGCUUUGGGGCUGUGUUAGAUCUUAUUCACCUGCGGUUUCAGCACUACAAGGCAAAGAGGGUUUUCUCAGCUGCCGGGCAACUUGUCUGCGUCGUCAACCCAACACACAGCCUCAAGUAUGCACCGACCCGCUGUGCAGCUGCGCAGGCAUCCACGGAGCAAGGCAUCCUUCCUCCCUGCCAUCACCACGAAGCGGUGCACGACCCCCAGCUGGUCCCCUGCACGUGCCCGCUCUUCUCCUGCCCAUGGGAAGGGCACCUAGAGGUGGUGGUGUCCCACCUGAGGCAGACCCACCGCAUCAACAUCCUUCAGGGCGCGGAGAUUGUCUUCCUGGCCACGGACAUGCACCUGCCCGCACCAACGGACUGGAUCAUCAUGCACUCUUGCCUUGGCCACCAGUUUUUGCUGGUCCUCAGGAAGCAGGAGAAGUAUGAGGGCCACCCCCAGUUCUUCGCCACGAUGAUGCUGAUCGGCACGCCCACCCAAGCCAACAACUUCACCUACCGGCUGGAGCUCAACAGGAACCAGCGGCGCCUCAAGUGGGAGGCGACCCCCAGGUCCAUCCUGGAGUGUGUUGACUCUGUCCUUUCGGACGGGGAUUGCCUUGUGCUGAACACUUCCCUGGCUCAACUCUUUUCUGACAAUGGAAGCCUAGCGAUAGGAAUUGCCAUAACCACCAGCAAAGUUCACAGCUCCGAAGCUGAAAUGUGAUGGGGAGAAGGAAGAGGAGGAGGAACAACAGCAACAAUAUGGUGCUCUAUCUGCCUUCUGCGAGCCAGAACUCAUGGACUUUUUAUUGGGGGGGAGGGGGAUGUCUCGGGUCUUUUAUGGUAUUUAGUACUUGUCCACAAUGGGCAUUAUGUAAACAUCCCGUGGUUACGGUCCCUGUGUCAUGUAUUUACCGUUUUGCUAAUACAAUUUUAUGAGAAAUUUUAAAGAGGCUAAUCAAUUUAUUGUUUCCCUCCAGCAGCACUGGAAACAACACUUGUUAAUGGAGAGUGCACCCUGGGUGACUCGCAGAAACCUUUGUUCUGACCAUGCUAGGCAAAUAUGUUUUCUUCAUUGCCUGCCUAAUGGACCAGAGGCUCCUGUGCCUGUUGAAAGGUGAAGUAUUCCACUACGGGACAAGAGCACACAGGUUUCCAUAUUAGCAAUAGUAAUUUAACUCCUGUAUUUUGGGCACAGCCAAGCCCUGUGGGAGCUGGCAGUUUCAGGGCUCCCUUUGCUUCUGAGGAAAAACUUUCUCACCCAGACACUGAAAGCUUAGAAGAUAAAGUCACUCUUCUGCUGAGCAGAGGGCUGGGAAACCUCAUCCUGCAUUAAACUGGGAAUAACAGUUAGUGGCUGGUCACUGUGAGCAUGGUUAAAUCUUACUCUUGUAUCAUAAACAGCAGGGAGGGAUUUCUAGAUGGUCUGGCCAUAGGAUGGAUAUAACCAUACCAAGCCAUUGGGGCAUUCAUCUUUUUAGCUGCUGUUUCCUUAAAUAUUCAAUAAGAGAUUUUCAGAAAAUAAAGCAUAAGAAGAGUCCUAA